CAAUCUACUUCCUUCACUCCAUCCACGGCUGUCGUUGGACGUGCAGUCACAAGUUUCAAUCGUUUGCAUGAAUUCCAAAGGCCUUGACGUCAGGUAGGCCAGAAUGGACAACUUACCGCCCUCUGGGUUUCAGUUUACUGGUGACGACUAUGGGCCUGUAGACUUUCCCAGCUCUCUACCCAGUGAGAUGCAGGCGGGCAUGGCAUUUGCAGGAGGGGGCCCAGUAUUCCCCCAGAAUCAGAGGGGCAGUAGUUAUGCCAUGUCCCCAUUUCACAUGAACUACUCACAGCAGGCGAGCAUGCCCUCAAUGUCGAGUCUGCCCUCCAGCACGUUUCGGACUCGUUUCACUGACUAUCCCCCAGACCAGAGUCCUCACCUGCCCAUGCCAAUUCCCUCGUCCGCCUCGGGGAUUAUCUCCGAUCGCUUGCCCAGCUUCAGCAGUAUUGUGUCCAGCAGCGGUAGCAGCAGUGCUGACCCUUCCAAGAGCAGCCAGGCUUUGUACUCUGGCAUCAGCUCCUCUCUGGCAGGUCAGCAGCAUGCAUUCCAGCCCUCUGGCAGCCGCGGCCUGCCCGCUCACUUUGAUUCUUCCUACUCGGAACAGGUCCCUGGCAAAAACUACUCCAAGUCAUCCCCCCUGGGUUCUACCUCACCUGGCAUGUCGUCCAGCAGCAACUUCAACAACAUCCCGCAUUCGUCAAUCCUGCAGCAUUCAUCACAUAACGGCAGUGGCCACCUGCCGGCUCUGUCUCCGCGCUCGUACAAAGAAGAGCCGACCACCCAGCAACAGUACUUGGCCAGUAUGCACAUGGAUCGUCAUGGCUCGUACCCGCAUGGUGCUCUAGCUGGUGGUCAAAACCCAGGGGAAUCAAUGACCCUGCCUAAGUUUAAGCACAAAUACUUAUCCCACAGCCAACCAGCACCAAGGCGUCACAUUGGACCAUUUAAAUUUUACAUUCUUGGGAGCACGAGCCGAGGCUCUAUUAUCAACAAAGGCUCACAGACAAAUGAGGAGAAUAUAGGGGAACUGAAAAUAAAAAUUCCAAAGAAGGAGAUAUACAGGUCUGACUCUGAGACAGAAAUGUCUGAUGAUAACGAAGACCUGAGACGGAGAAGUCGCGGAACGUCUGGCGGCACAUCAAACUCAAGAAGCCGUGGACAAACAUCACACGCAUCCCCACGUAUUACAUUCCCAUAUGAUCCUGUGCCAGCGGCUACACCUACGCAAAACAAAGAGUACUCAGAUUAUAACAAGAACUCGAAAAUGAAGACAAUUAUAUCGCCGAGUUUUAUGGACUCUGCUGGUAAGGCUACUAUGACCACGUGUGUAGCAAAUAAAGCGACUAUUGUGACUGUGGGCAUUGUUAGUCGACCAGGGAAGCUGCAUUCUGCUGAGCCAGUCAACAGUCAGCACAGGGGCAUCAUGUCUACCAGUGACGGGUACCGAAACAAACAUUUUGAUCCACAGCACCCAGAAAACUAUGAACAGCUCAUGGAGGAAAGGAAAGCGAAAGCAAAAGACUUAGAGCAAGAGCGCAUGGAAGUUAGUGUGCGCAUUGACGACACUCAGUAUGUACAAGUUGGCAAUGCCAAACGUUGGCAGUGUAACCAGUGCGACAAGUCAUACACCACCAAACACAAUCUGGUCAUGCAUGUCCUCGACCAUGAAGGGAUCAAACCUCAUCUAUGCCUGAAGUGUGGCAAAUACUUCAAGCAACUGAGCCACCUCAACACGCAUAUGCUGACGCAUGACCAGAUCAAGCCCCACACGUGUAACAUGUGUGGCAAAGGCUUUACACAAAUCUCCCACUUGAAGCGGCACACUGCGGUCAGCGAGAAGAAUGGCUAUUGUGCAAACCUGCGUUCCAAGCAAGGCAGCAGCCACCACCACUCUCCCUCGGCUGCUCCACCUAUGGGAACUCCGACAGCUCUGAUCAGUGAGGCGCGGCAGUUCCAAGAUCAGAACCAAAGCUUUGACUCCAUGGAGGGGUAUGACAGGGACGACCUGAAGCUUUCAGACGACAAAUUAGGCCCGCCGGGAAAACUGAUGUGUCGCUACUGUGACCGCAAGUUCCGCUACCCUAGUCAAUUGAAGGACCACAUGCAAUCUCACAAUGGCAACCGGCCAUACAUGUGCACCGAGUGCGGUAUGGACUUCAUGAAGGAGCACCACCUGAAGGCUCACCAGUUCACCCACACAGGACUCAAACCCUACACAUGUGACAUCUGUGGGCGCUCCUUCAACCAGCGGGCCAACCUACAGCGGCACAAACUGAUCCACGAGACGCAUCGCACCUUCAAGUGCAACACUUGCGGAAAGCUCUUCACCCAGCCGCAGACCCUCAAGGCACAUCAGGUGGUGCAUGCGGAUCGCAAGCCCUUUGAGUGCACCAUUUGUGGUAAAGAAUUUGGAAGAUACCACAACUUGCAAGGCCAUAUGCACAUGCACACAAACUCAAAGCCAUACAUGUGUUUCUGUGGAAGCGCAUUCACCCUCAAAGGAAACCUGAACCGUCAUAAAAAAGUGAAGCAUGGCCUCAAUGAGACCACAGAUGUGAUGGAGGAGGACGCAGUCAACUUCUUGAGUUCCCUGUCGGAGCGAGCCCGAGACGACUCUGGACCACUUGACGGUGACGGGGAGUGUCUGAGCCCGGGGGACGGGGGAGACAGCGGGGACGGGAAGCUCAGCCGCAAGGGACGCAAGUCCAUCCCCCGUAAAAUCACUCAAGGAGAAGAGGAAGAGGGGGCCUACCCGCAGGGGGCGGGGGCUCCCGGGGAGGCGGGGAUGCCACAAGAUGGUGCUCCAAAACCAUUUGUCAUCCAGAACCCUGACACGGACGAGGAGGAGGAGGGGGGCACGGACCAGGGUCAUCACCCCCACCACCACCAGGGGGAUCUCCACAAGGACGCCGUCAACGGGGUCAUGAUGGAACAACCUGGGAUGGGAAACCCCAUGAUGAACUUUCAGCCUCUAAACAACGCUGGAUUAGGCCAGCAGCUGGAGGAGGGGGAGAUAGCCAUGACGCGGAAGAGGUUGUACGAGGAAGAGGUCAACGACAUGGUGGACAAAAGACCUCGGAGACAGUCGCAGCGCCGCUCGCCCAAGGUUCAGGCUGGUGACAUGCAGCAGUCGGACAGCGAUGAGUUCGAUGGGGGGAACAUGGACAAUACUGACGCAGACUGGGUUCCGGGUUCAAAACGACGUUAUCGAAGCAAAGUCGAUCUGUCAGAUAAAAGCAAGAUGUCUUGAGCACUGAAUUUUAAAAUCUUAACCGUUAGUCUCAUAUGAUGUGGAUGGUUAAUGUGUUUUUAUUUCUGAUAGGAAUACUGUUUUUCAUGCUCAUAGGGAUCAGCAAUUGUUUGUGAAUUCUGUAUAUUGUAUUUUUUUUUUUUUUUCAUGUUGCCUAAAAAGUUGUGAGCUCUCUUGUUUUUGUUUUUUUUUGUUUGUUUUUUUAUUCGGAACAUGUUACACCAGUUGCCAUAUCAUUUUGUGCUGCGAGCUUGCUCCUCUAAAAUGUGAAGUCAUUGAUAUGCUGUUCUAAUUGUUUUGUAUAUUUGGAGAGGCCAUAAAAAUUUUCAGGUUCAUUAGACAACUAAAUUUGUGCCAAAUGGAAAUUUAUCUUGUUAUCAUUAGUGAAUCAAAAUAUUGAGGACAGUCUUCCUUGGAAUGGUUUAAGUAGAAUUACAUGGUUUUGUUUGUAAAGAUAAAAAUACUAUCUCCUUUUUAUAGCACUUGAGAAUGCAUAGAUAUAACCUGACUAGUACAAAGAACUUAUUAUGCUCUGGGGAAAGUGCAUUUUCUUUUGACGUAAAGAGAGGUAGAUAUAUAUUUAUGUAAAGCGUCAAAAUGCAACUACUACAUUUUAAUUAUAAACCCUUCAGGUGUCAUCAGUAGGAACAUUGAAGCACCUCAUUUUUUAAAGAACUUUGAACAACUAUUUUUUUUUGUCUGUGACGUAGAGUACAAUAUCAGGAAAUGAUGUGCUUGCUUUGCACAUCAUUUUGUACAUUUCAGUGUCUGGUUCAUCUAGGAAUGUUCGUUGAUUACGUUCCUGGGUUUUUAUCAGGGUUUUUCACAAUCCUUUUGCUAUGGAAGAUGCGAACAAAACGCUGGGUUUUCUGUGAUGAGGGCACGAGAGCCUGAGCUGCUGUAUGUAUAUCGUGCUCAGUAACGAAACCUUGCCUAUUGAAAGGCGAAGAAGAGCUGGCAGACCCUUGUUAUUUCCUCUGACGAAAUGAUUAAUUAUUUCCUUUAAAGCUCUGAAGACAUUCUGGUCAGAAUGAAUAUUGUAUUGAAAAGCAUACCUUUAUGGUACCUGAAAAAUGGAGGAUACAUUGUUCUAGAAGGAAAAUAAACUAGGAGGUCUUACUGUUGGCCAUCUCUAAGCUGUAGCAUAGGAAGACAAGAGCAAAAAACCCCCAACAAAAUUCAGUAUUGUAUGAUGCAGGCUGCAAAAAUGGACUUUAAAAAAAAAUUAGACUGAAGGUGUAUACAUGGAUACUGUUUUGUGAGGGAAGGGGUUUCGAAAUUUGUACAUCUUGUAAUAUUUUUGGGGUUAUAAUAUGUGCAAUCUUAAGUCAAAUCCAAGUGGCUGUUUCUGCCAGUAAUGUCAUGUUAAUUCAAAAUUGUCUUCUUAUGUAAAAAAAAAA